AAGAUGUUCUUACUCUUUUGUGGUUUAUUUCUAGCAGAUUUGUUUCUUUUAUAUCACAUAUAUUCUUCAUUUUACCUUUCUGGGAAAAACUAUUUUUAUACAAUAUUUUUCGUGAUCAUGCAUAAGUCAUACAAUAGAAAAUUUCUGAUCACUUUGAUAGUAAGUUACGGACCUAUGGUACUAAUGGACUUACAACCUUUAUUAACAUUUUCAUUUCUAGCUAUCGGCCUUAAAUGGAUAAAGCCCAUUUACACAACUAGAUUCUAGCUAAACCAGACCUUUUCGUCAGUCAUCGCCCACCACGACACAUCGCCGCAGAGAGAGAGAGAGAGAGAGAGAGAAAGCGAGAGGCGAAAAAGAUGAGGUUGAUAGUGCACAAUAUGUUGACUUGCAACAUCAAGGGAGUGGUCAACAAGUUCCCUCUCCGGAUCGAAGCCGAGAAGGUGAUCAAGAAGGAGGUUGACUUCAACCCUGAUUUUCUCAGACACAUGCUGGCCAAGAUCGAGUGGAAGGCUCUGGUGGACGGUGCACGCUCCAUGGGGUACACCGAGCUUCCUGGUCACGCACCGGCGCUAGAAUCCGACGAAUCGUUCCUCAGGAAGUUCCACCACGCGUUGCUCGAGCUCCACCUCGAGGAAGGCUCGCUCGUAUGCCAAGAAACCGGUAGAAAGUUUCCAGUCGAGAAAGGAGUCCCAAACAUGCUUCUCCACGAGGACGAAGUUUAA